AGAGUGUAAAAUGAAUAAUUUAUUGAAUAUCAUAACUACAAUCAUUUGUGUAUGGCUCAGUUGGAGUAGUGCGGAUGGAGCUCAAAAGAGAGAAAAUGAAGAGGUUUCUUUUCACAGAAUUCAAACCAGCUCUCUUUUUCCUUCAUCAUCAGCACCAUGUGUUCUUUCUCCCACAGCAUCUAAUACCAAGUCAUCGCUGCGCGUGGCGCACAGAUACGGCCCAUGCUCGAGUCUAAGGACAAGUCCCGACCAUGAUGACAUCCUCAGACUCGACCAGGCGCGCGUAAAAUCCAUCCACUCAAAUCUUUCAAAAAAGCCAACAGCCAGAGAUAGAAUCAGUCAAAGCCAGUCAACGGAUCUACAAGCUAGAGAAGGAUUCACACUCGGUUCAGGAAACUACAUCGUUACGGUAGGAAUCGGGACACCGAAACACGAUCUGUCUCUGGUCUUCGACACAGGAAGCGAUCUGACGUGGACUCAAUGCGAGCCAUGUAUUGGAAGUUGCUAUACUCAAAAGGACCCCAUCUUUAACCCUUCUUCCUCUUCCUCCUACUCCAACAUCUCCUGCUCAUCCCCCGUUUGUGAUUCUUUCGCUUCACAAACUCGUCGUAAAUAUUGCUCGGCGUCCAACUGCGCUUACCUUAUUGGCUACGGCGACAACUCGUCUACCUCCGGAUAUCUCAGCAAAGAGAAAAUUACUUUAACGAACACUGAUGUUUUCGACAAUAUUAACUUUGGCUGCGGUCAGAGCAAUUCUGGACUUUUCAAUGGUAGCGCCGGACUUCUCGGGCUUGGCCGCGGAAAAUCGUCAUUUCCAUCGCAGACGGUUAUGAAAUACAAUAACAUAUUCUCUUACUGCCUCCCUUCUUCCCCAAAGUACACUGGUCAUCUCACUUUCGGAACAUCCGGUGGAUUAUCUAGUUCCCUCAAAUACACUUCGGUUUCAACGGUCCAUGAGAGCGCAUCCUUGUAUGGCCUUGAUAUCGUAGGUAUCUCCGUGGAUGACAAGGAACUGGAGAUUCCUUUAACCGUGUUCACUACCGCAGGUUCUAUAAUAGACUCUGGUACCGUGACUACUCGUCUACCUCCCAAGGCCUACGCGGCAUUGCGAACUGCGUUUAAGGAGAAGAUGUUGAAUUAUACUACUACGUUGGGACGAUCGAUACUUGACACGUGCUACGAUUUUACUGGCUUGGAGACUGUGGAGAUUCCUAAAGUCUCGUUCUCUUUCAAAGGCGGCACCGUCGUGGAACUUGACGCAAUAAGGGUUUUAUACGCGUUUAAGAUGUCGCAGGUUUGUUUGGCGUUUGCGGGGAAUGACAAAGAUGAUGACUUGGCCAUUUUCGGGAACAUUCAACAAAAGACAAUGCAAGUUGUGUACGACGGUCCGGGUGAUAGGGUCGGGUUUGCUCCCAAUGGUUGUAUGUAGUUUGAUGAUAAAACAAAAGUGAAACUUGUUAUUUUUUAAGGAGCUUAAUUUAUCCUUUAUUUAAGUGUAUGUAAGCUUUGAGUGGCGGUCUUUUGAAAGUGUCAAGUAUGUGUACGAGAAUAAGUUUGCUUGGAUGCAACAGUUUCUUUUCUAUUGUAUUAUCCUAAUACAGAUCAUAUUAAAUAUCCCUA